GUCUUUAAUUCCCUGGCAUCUCUCGAGAAUGGCACCGCACUCCUCCGCCGUGAAGCUCCCGUCCCGCACGGCGCCGCCACCGGGGAUGGGCGCGCACCGGUGGUCCCACGCCAUCGCCAAGGGGCCGCCGCGGAAGAUCAGGAUCGUGCACGUCGUGGAGCCGACGGUGAUCAAGACGGACGCGCGGCAGUUCCGCGAGCUCGUGCAGCGGCUCACCGGGAAGCCGAGCGCCGGCGGCGGCGGCAGAGGCGGAGGAGGGGCUUCUUCUUCAUCGUCUUCGGCAGAGAUCGCUGCCUCGGAGUCGUCUUCGUCCGGCGGUUCGGAGUCCGCCCGCGUCGUCGUCGCCCCGGCGGCCGUCAAGGCGGAGGUGAAGGCGGAGGAGGAGGACGCCCCGUCGCCAGAGGAGGAAGGGUUCGCGAGCGCGUGCCGGGACACAAAUGGCGGCGCGACGACGGCGGCCGGCUUCAAGGCGGUGGUGAAGGAGGAGGCGGACGCCGCGUUGCCGGAGGCGGAAGAGUUCGCGCGCGCGUUCGGGGAGGAGGACGACACGUUCGGCGCCUUCUUCCACGGCCUCGACGACUUCCUUCUCAGCGCCUUCCAGGGCGACGGCUUUAGCCUCUGAUCCGUCAGCCUCUUGCCAUUAGAGCUAAGUCUGAAUUUUUUGCCCCCCCCCCCAGCCUCUCUGUUUCUGUAUGUUAAUGUAUUUAGGAUGAUGGUGAUGAUGGUGUAUGGUGGAUCGAUGGAGAUCUCCCAUGAAAAAGCCUUGAAUUAAAUUAGAUACUGGAUCACAACCUUCCUGGUUUAUUUUCGUUCUUCUGGCUUCUGGGUGAACUAGAGUGAGAGAGGUAGAAACAAGUUCUGAUCUGGCAGUUAGGAUAUGGCACAAUUCUUUGCUGUGUCAGACUGUCAGGAGUUGUACCUUGAGCCACACGUCCAAUGGAGAGAACGAAAAGAUCAAGAUGCGGUGAUUCAAAACGCUACUUGAAAUAUAACAGGAACACAGUUUUUUACUGUAGUUUUUUUAGUUCCUUCUUUAAAAGAAAAUGAAAGUUCCAGGAAA